UGUCAUGGAAACCCCAGCUCGCUCCGAGGCCCACCCUCAAGGGUGUGGCGUCGGUAUCUGGUCCCGCCCCCUGGCGUUCUACUUCCGCUCGGGGAAAGGCGGCUUCCGCCGCUGUGGAGCACGCUGCCCCCGUGAUGGCCGCGCGUCGGCCGCUGCGGGUGUUGUGCUUGGCGGGCUUCCGGCAGAGCGAACGGGGCUUCCGCGAGAAGACUGGCGCUCUGAGGAAGGCGCUGCGAGGCCGCGCCGAGCUCGUGUGCCUCAGCGGCCCGCACCCGGUCUCUGAAGCGGCGGAGCCUGACUCCGGUCCCUGCGCCCCGGAGGAGCAGCCUCGAGGCUGGUGGUUUUCAGAGGCUGCAGCAGACACCUUCUCCGCGCUGGAAGAGCCCGCCGUGUGCCGGGGGCUGCAGGAGGCCCUGGCAGCGGUGGCCCGAGCCCUGAGCAGCCUGGGGCCUUUUGACGGAAUCCUCGGGUUCAGCCAGGGGGCCGCGCUCGCCGCCCUUGUGUGUGCCCUGGGCCAGGCGGGAGACCCGCGCUUCCCUUUACCGCGGUUUAUCAUCCUGGUUUCUGGCUUCUGUCCCCGGGGCCUUGUUCUCAAGGAACCCAUCUUGAAGAGCCCCUUGUCACUGCCUUCCCUACAUGUUUUUGGGGAAACCGACCGUGUCAUUCCUGCUCAGGAGAGCGUGCAGCUGGCCAGCCGAUUCCCCGGAGCCGUCACCCUCACCCAUUCUGGUGGUCACUUCAUUCCUGCAGCCGCAGCCCAGCGCCAGGCCUACCUCAAGUUCUUGGACCAGUUUGCAGAGUGAAAAAUCAACAAAGGCCUCUCCCCAGCCUCCCCACGCGGGGCAGCCUCUAGCGUCUUCCUGCUCCUUUCCCUCACCUCCCGACAGUGGUCAAUUCUGAGGACUCAAGUCAUGUGAGGCCUGCUUGUCACUGGAGGAAAGGGGAGGAGGGCACCUUGAUGGAAGUUUUGAGUUCUGCUACUGAAACAUGAACAAAGCCAGAGAACCCUGGGUGAGAGGAGAGUGACAUGGGAAAGCGGGGGCUGGCGUCACCAUGGCCGCCACACAAUAAAGCGGUGACUUGGAUGUUGAGCAUCUUUUUCCUGGUACACAGAGUCCCACUUCAUAACGGAAGUCCAGUUCCAUGGCCAUCCUGGGCAGCAGGGAGAUAAGUCCAGUUGUGAGCUCCCAGAGCAAAGCUCAUUCGGGUGUGCACGGGUGUACUCGCGCUGUGUGGACGGACGUCCAAGGAGGAAAAGGGGCCUCGGUGGCUGAAUCGGGGAAGGAUUUCCAUCCAGCAAGGAUCCACCUGGGUUUGCUGACCUUGGGCGUCCUCCACCGUAGUCCCUGCAGCUUGUGCGCCGGCCUCCCCUCCAAGCCUGCGCGCCUCCCGAGGGGAAGGCCAGAGACGGCAGAGAAUAAAUGGCCUCUUCCACGCUUGACUCCA